CUCAUCCAUUUCUCACACACUGCAAUUGAAAACAACCAACCUCUUCAGUGAUCUUUGAUUAGUACUAAGCUAAACCAUUUCUUAUUCCCUCAAAAUCAAAACCUUUUUCUUUCUAGCUAUUUCCCUUUUCAAAUCAUGCCACCUAACAUCACCACCGUUGUUGCCAAUGUCACCACCGAGCAAUUACCCAAGGCUCGUGGAGGAAGUGGGCGUGCCUUCGUGACCUUUCUUGCUGGGAACGGUGAUUACGUAAAGGGUGUCGUGGGUUUGGCCAAAGGACUGAGAAAGGCCAAAAGCAUGUACCCUUUGGUGGUUGCUGUGUUACCAGAUGUUCCUGAAGAACAUCGUGAGAUUCUCAAAUCCCAAGGUUGCAUUGUCAGGGAGAUUGAACCUGUGUACCCUCCUGAGAACCAGACCCAGUUCGCCAUGGCCUAUUAUGUCAUCAAUUACUCCAAGCUACGUAUUUGGGAGUUCGUGGAGUACAAGAAGACGAUAUACCUAGACGGUGACAUCCAAGUAUUUGGAAACAUAGACCACUUGUUUGAUCUGCCUGAUAAUUAUUUCUAUGCGGUGAUGGAUUGUUUCUGCGAGAAGACUUGGAGCCACACCCCUCAGUUCCAGAUUGGGUACUGCCAACAGUGCCCUGAUAAGGUUCAAUGGCCCUCUCACUUUGGUUCCAAACCUCCUCUAUAUUUCAAUGCUGGCAUGUUUGUUUAUGAGCCUAAUCUCGACACCUACCGUGAUCUUCUCCAAACUGUCCAACUCACCAAGCCCACUUCUUUUGCUGAGCAGGACUUUCUCAACAUGUACUUCAAGGACAAGUACAAGCCAAUACCGAACAUGUACAACCUUGUGCUGGCCAUGUUGUGGCGUCACCCUGAAAAUGUUGAACUUGAUAAAGUUCAAGUGGUUCAUUACUGUGCUGCUGGGUCUAAGCCUUGGAGGUUCACUGGGAAGGAAGAGAACAUGGAUAGGGAAGAUAUCAAGAUGCUUGUGAAGAAGUGGUGGGACAUAUAUGAAGAUGAGACACUGGACUACAAUAACAACUCUGUCAACGUGGAACGUUUCACAUCGGCACUAUUGGAUGCUGGGGGCUUUCAGUUUGUGCCAGCACCUUCUGCUGCCUAAUAUGCUUAUUAUUUACAGCUACAAAUUAAUGUUAAUUAACGACAAAGUAUAUGUAUUGUUAUUUGCUUUUUUUCGUUUUUGGGUCUUAUAUAUGAAGGAACAACGUCUAUGGUUUUAAUUUGGAUGACCUUCUUGUAUACAAAGCCACAUGUGAUCUCAUACAGCUUUUGAUUAUUAUUAAGAAAUUAGAGGACCUUUUAUUAUGAGUCCUUUACUUAAUUUGUUUUCA